ACGUCCAUAAAAUAAUUAUGCAUGCAGGAAAUGGAAUGUAACACCAAUAACUUCGGAAACACUGAUGAUUGAAGAUCAUGUCAACCAUUGAGGAACUGGUCCAUCAGAUUAUUGAGCACCAAAUGGGAGAGAUAGUACAUUCACAAGGAUCUAUCACACAAACACUAAUGGAUGGGUCAGCACAAAGAAUUCAAAUUGUCCCUGCAGAUUCAGGUCUCACUUUACCCCAGCGCAUGCAGAUUGUCACAGAUCAGCAGACUGGGCAGAAGAUCCAGAUUGUUACAGCACUUGAUCAAACUGCAACAGGCAAACAGUUCAUUUUAACAAAUCAUGAUGGUUCUACUCCAAGCAAAGUGAUCCUUGCCAGGCAAGAUGCCACUCCAGGAAAAGUUUUCCUAACAACUCCAGAUGCUGCAGGAGUCAACCAGCUUUUUUUUACAUCUCCAGAUAUAUCUGCACAACACAUUCAGAUUUUAACAGACAAUUCUUCCACAGAGCAAACCCUAAAUAAAAUAUUUGAUCUCUGUGUCGUUUGCGGAGAUAAGGCAUCAGGACGACAUUAUGGAGCAGUAACAUGUGAGGGAUGCAAAGGAUUCUUUAAAAGAAGCAUACGAAAGAAUUUAGUGUAUUCAUGCCGAGGGACAAAAGACUGUGUGAUCAACAAACACCAUAGAAACAGAUGUCAGUACUGUAGGCUACAGAAAUGUAUUGCUUUUGGAAUGAAGCAAGAUUCUCCACACCCUUUUGUAGCUGUUCAGUUUGAGAGGAAACCUGUUGAAGUAUCACGAGAAAAAUCUUCAAAUUGUGCGGCUUCGACAGAAAAGAUUUACAUCCGGAAAGAUUUGCGCAGCCCGCUAACAGCAACUCCAACCUUUGUCACAGACAAUGAAACAGCAAGGUCAACAGGAAUGCUGGAGUCUGGAAUGUUUGUGAACAUUCAUCAGUCUGGAAUAAAGAAUGAGCCUGCAGUGCUAAUGACUCAAGAUAAGAUUGAGACAUGUCAGGGAGAUUUAAGUACACUGGCAAAUGUGGUAACGUCAUUAGCAAGUCUAAGCAAGUCUAAAGAAAUGUCUCAAAGUAGUCCUGACCUAUCUGUAAUAGAAAGCUUAAGCAAUGGAGAUGCAUCAUUGUCUGAACUGCAGCAAGAUGAGCAUGCAAAUACUGAUGUUUCAAGGGCAUUUGAUACUCUUGCAAAAGCUUUGAAUCCUGGAGAAAGUGCUUCAUGCCAGAGCUCUGCAGAAAGUAUGGAAGCCAGUGCACGUCUCGUUGGUGAAGAAGCAAGCAUUAAUAUUGUUGAAAUAGAGGGCCCACUUCUCAGCGAUGCCCAUGUAGCUUUCAGGCUCACCAUGCCUUCUCCUAUGCCUGAAUACCUGAAUGUUCAUUAUAUUUGUGAAUCCGCAUCUAGAUUGCUCUUUUUAUCUAUGCACUGGGCACGGUCCAUUCCUUCCUUUCAAGCUCUAGGGCAAGACAACAGCAUAUCAUUAGUGAAAGCCUGCUGGAAUGAACUCUUUACUCUUGGUCUUGCACAGUGUUCACAAGUAAUGAAUGUAGCAACUAUAUUAACUGCAUUCGUUAAUCACCUUCAUAAUAGCUUACAGCAAGAUAAGCUGUCAGCAGAUAGAGGAAAGCUUGUGAUGGAACAUAUCUUCAAACUGCAGGAGUUCUGCAACAGUAUGGUAAAGCUUUGUCUGGAUGGUUAUGAAUACGCUUACUUGAAAGCAAUUGUCCUCUUCAGCCCUGAUCAUCCAGGCUUAGAAAAUGUUGUACAGAUUGAAAAAUUUCAAGAAAAAGCAUAUAAGGAGUUUCAAGAUUAUGUAACAAUAGUAUAUCCAGAUGAUACCUACAGACUGUCUCGGUUACUUCUCAGAUUGCCUGCCCUGAGAUUGAUGAGUGCUGCUAUCACAGAAGAAUUGUUUUUCGCAGGACUAAUUGGAAACGUUCAAAUAGACAGCAUCAUACCAUAUAUUCUACGAAUGGAGACUGCAGAUUACAACACCCAAAUAAUUGGUCAUGCUGUAUAAAUGUUGAACCACGGAUUCUAUACCAUGGCAAUCAUGGGGAUGUAAAUGUACAUUUAUCUCCAAGAGAUAACAAGAAGCUUUCCUGUGCAGUUAAUAAGAAGAAAAAUAGAAGAAGGUGCAACUUUCUCUCUUCCUGUACAUUUGGGAAACACAGCAGAAUAGAUUGAUACAGGAUGACUUACUUUUUAUCUGGUUUUCAAGAACUUGUAAAUUACUUAGAAUCUAAUGAAAAUCAAGAGUAGUCCAUCCUAUUUUUGUAGUUUAGCUGUAUCUGGAACACUGACAAUAAAAACUCCAGA